AUGGCGGGUUGGCCUGGACCAGUCCCAGAAUUCUUGGACGGACCAGUCAUUUCUGGGCUUUGGCAGAAUCAGAUUGGCGAUGCUGGAGCGAGCGCGAUUGCCGAGACACUCAAAGUAAACAAGGCGGUGACCUCUAUCGCUAUUUGGGAUAAUCAGAUUGGCGAUGCUGGAGCGAGCGCGAUUGCUCAGGCACUCAAAGUCAACACGACAGUGACUCGUCUCAUUAUUUGGAGGAAUCAGAUUGGCGAUGCCGGAGCGAGCGCGGUUGCUGAGGCGCUCAAAGUGAACACGACAGUGACCGAGUUCGAUCUGCAUAAGAAUCUGAUUGGCGAUGCUGGAGCGCAGGCUUUUGCGGAACUGGUCAAAGUGAACAAGACGCUGGCAUGGCUCAAUCUGUCAUGGAAUUGCAUUGGCGAAGUUGGUAUUCAAGCGAUUGCUGAUGCACGCGAGUUCCAUCACACUCGGACUGCUCUUCGCAUUGGCAACCAAUGUAGCCCUCUUGUACUCUCCUUGCUUCCACGAUUGGCGACUGCUGACGAGCUUCAAACCGUAUUUGGCUUGCUGACCAGCGGACCGGAGUUGGAAAAUCAGCUCGCAUCUCUACCGGCACUGCCGACUGAGAUUGCCGACCUCAUUAUGGACGAAGCGUGUUACUGGCAAGGCGUGCAGCGCACCAAUCGAGCCUGUUAUUUUGAUAGUCUGAGCGUCACUGUGCCAACGAGCAGCACGGGGAAUUCGAUCCGUGUAAAGGCAAUUCAAGUGCUUCUUGACGUGAAGCAUGUCGAUGCCAACGACUCAGAGCAGCGUGUGACAAUCCUGCCAGCCAACCAUCCUGUCAUGCGACAAAUGCGCGAGGGCUGGAAGGUUGACGUUCAACCCAGAAAGUCUUCGCGCGGUGUGCGAUUCGAGUCGCUUCAUGUCGGAUAUAUUGAACGGCAAUAUGCAUAA